UUUUGUAUGGAAAAUAGUGACCUAACCAUAGCCAAUAAAGCAAAACAAAACGUCAGUGCUAUUUAGCUGUCAAGUCAACUUAGUCAACUGUCAGCCAUAUUGCUUUGCUUGUCAUGGCGCCUUGCAUGUAUUACUCGCGUAUUUCUUGGAGUUUAAUUUUCAAAAUCCUUUACCAUUUUUAAAUACAAUCAAAUGUGAUAAAAACAUAUAGUGACUUCAUAGAUUUUGUGUAAAUGCCACCGAAAAUCAGAGCCUUUAAAUGCGAAAUAUGUGGCAAUCUCUACACUCGCGAUGUUCCCGAAAAAAGGAAAUUCAUGGCGAAAUUCCCGUUGGAUGAAGACCGGUGCAAGCAGUGGGUCAAAUUAAUUGGGAACGAAGACCUGGUAUAUCUUCCCAUAGAAAAGUUACAUGAAUUAAAAUUUGUAUGCGCAGACCAUUUCGAAAAAAAGCUUUUAAUAAAAAAAACAAUCAACUUAAAACGUCUGCCAUCUGCCAUACCUUCAAAAAAUUUAAAAGCUGAUCCACUUCCUGAUGAAAUGCUGCUUAAUUUUCCUUGUCAUGUUUAUUCGAAAAGGAACAUUCCUACGAAUCUCGACCCUCUGGCGAUCGGUGACAAUGAAGUUUAUUCACUACCCCAAGUAGAAGCCAUCGCUGGGCCUAGUAACUCGGAUUCAUUCAUGCCUGGACAGCAGCUGCCAUCUCAAGCCAUGCCAUUACAAAAGCUUGAAGCUAUUCCAAUCACUGAUGAAACUCAGCUGAAUUUUUCCAAUAAUGCUUAUUCAAACAUUGUUGAUAAAAGGAAUGACAAUGAAGUUUCACUACCUCAAGUAGAAGCUAUCGCUGGGCCUAGUAACUCGGGCGUAUCUCAAGAGCAAUGGCAUCGUGCAUCAAACCACUGUUCCUGGCUCCGCUGCUCAGAACGGGGUCGCAGAACGCGCGAACAGGACCGGAGAUGCAGGCUGCAAGAUGCGGGCCUAAGCAACGAAUUCUGGGCGGAGGCCGUUAACACACGUCAAAAACCGCUGUCCUACGAAAGCUGUACUGGGGAGCACUCCCGAAGAAAAGUGGAGUGGGAAAAAGAUUAA